AUGGGACAGCACUGUUCAAAGUGGGACAGCACUGUUCAAAAUGGGACAGCACUUUUCAAAAUGGGACAGCACUAUUCAAAGUGGGAUAGCACUGUUCAAAGUGGGAUAGCCCUUUUUAAACACUAUUCAAAGUGGGACAGCACUGUUCAAAAUGGGACAGCACUGUUCAAAGUGGGACAGCACUGUUCAAAAUGGGAUAGCACUAUUCAAAGUGGGAUAGCCCUUUUUAAAGUGGAAAGCACUUUUCAAAAUGGGACAGCACUAUUCAAAGUGGGACAGCACUAUUCAAAGUGGGAUAGCACUUUUCAAAAUGGGACAGCACUAUUCAAAGUGGGACAGCACUGUUCAAAAUGGGAUAGCACUGUUCAAAGUGGGAUAGCACUAUUCAAAGUGGGAUAG